CGUCUGUCGAGGCCUUGAAAACCAUCCAAGUUUCUCACGUGUCUCUCCAUGUGCAGAUGUCCUCUGCGGUUGUGUCUCACAGCUGCGUCGUCUGCAAUUUUUCUCCUUCCCUUUCUCCGAGGAUUUCUCUGGGGCUUUAGGCUGUUUUCUCUGUUUAGCAACGUUUGACCCUCUUGCGUCGCCUCUGCGGUUUCUCGGUUUUUUCCUCCUCAUCUUCGCUGUCCUGCAGAAAUGCCAAAAGAUCUCUGUGUCCGACUGCAGGCCUGAGUCCCUUCCCGCUCUCUCCGAAAGAGCGGCGUUCUUUUCCUCUCUGUUUCCCGAUGAUUCGUUUUCUUCGUCCGAGUUUUCCCGACUCGUAGCCUUUCUCGUGAGCUCUUGAGUCCGCUCAUCUUUCACUCCUUUGAACUCACGAGUCGUUCCCUCUGCAUCUGCUGUUACCUGUCUUCUCUACCUGUCCAGUGGGAGACAUCGACAGACGCGCCUCGCUUGUCUCCCGGAGACAUUGCGCGUCUCCAUUUGUCUCCUAACUUUGAGUGUGUAGGCAACAGUGUUUCGCCGCAACUUGACGGUCUCUCUCCCGACUUCGCGACAGCGAGACGCAGAACUUCUGCACAUAGCUGUGUAUGUUUACGUCUGGUGGUGCUUUCUCUUUCGCAUGGAUUCCUACAUGCAUGCAACUGUCGAUGCAUAUGUAGUCAUAAAAGCUCUAGAAAGGCAGUAGAGAGACACAUGGCGAGAGUUGCCCUGUGCGUCCGCGCAUCUGUGCUAAAGAGAUGGAAGAGGUGAGGGCCGGAGCUCGUGUCUCUUUAACAUUUUCGCUAACUCCGGUGCAAGAGACAUGCGGCUCUGCUUCAGAGUCCCGGCGCGAUGCGUCCGCUUCCUGCAGACGCCCUCUCACUUCUUUCAGGUUUCUUCGUUCCUCAUUUCCAGAGCAGAGAGAAGAGUCGCCCUCGCUGCGCUCUACGUCGGGUCGGGGCCGAGAGAGCGUUUUCUCGUGGAUCUGUUGAGACAACGCAUGCAAGACGUUGCAUGCAAACGCGAGUGCGACCGCCCAGGCGGCGUUUUCCGCGACUUUUUGUGGAGGGAAGAACAGACAGGAGCAGGCAGUGGUGAGACCCUGGCGGCGAAGGCGGCACAGAGAAGGGGAGGUCAGAGAAGAGAAGAAAACAACGGGGGGUCGGAGAGAAGGGCUGCAAGUGCGAGGACGGAACGAGAGAGCGAAGCCGACUUUGAGAGCAGAAGAAGAAGGCUGCAGGUGGACAUUCUCGUCGAUCAUCUACGUGGAACGCGGAAAGACAAGACUGGAUGUUCGUCCGCCUCCGUUCUGGCCUCUCUCCUCAAACGCGAAGAACGCGUCUCCGAAGUGGACGUACUCUCGACUGGUGCCGACCUUUCUCCGCAGUUUUGCCGCCCUGGUCACGAGAACUCAUCGAACGCCAGUGCCUUAAAGGCGUCUUCUCCGUCCUCCUCGUCCACAGUCUCCCCUUCCUCUUCUUCGUCUCCCUCUCGUUCGUCUGAGUGUUCCUCUUCUCUCUCCUCCACCCGUUCCUCGCCUUCUUCCUCUCCUUCGCUUGCGUCCUUUUCCGGCGAAGAGGAUCUGGCCCGGAUCAGCUUCUUCCACAAUCCGCUGACGUCUUCUUCUCUCUUGGGUCGCCUGCUGCCGCCGCGAGUCAACGAGGUUCUGGGCGUCCAGCACAUGAAGGCUUUGGUCGUCGACGACGCAGUGCUGCUGACCGGGGCGAACUUCAGCGAGGAGUACAUGGUGAACCGCGCAGACCGGUACGUAGUGGUGAACGACGCCGCUGUCGCGCAUGCAGUGUGUCGCCUGAUCCAGACAGUGCAGCGCGGCAGUUUCUGUCUUCGACUCAGAGAGCAGAGACGCGGCGAGGAGGCACCCGGAGAAGCGGACGCAACUCGCGGGCGUCUCUCAGAGGCUCCAGAGAAUCGGCCGACCAACGCGAGAACAGCAGCUGGGGGUGAGGAGACAGGCGCCCGCGGCUUUGACUGCGUGACGGCGACAAGCACGGAGACGCGCUCCGCGCACAGAGGCGCAGAAGGCGGAGAAGAGCGUUUCGCGGGUCUUGAUUCGGAGGCGAAGAACGGGGGAAAGGCCGCGAGGUCAAGAUCUAGAGGAGAAGACGAAGGCGGCGCGGAGGCGCAACGGGGAGAGAGAGGAAAGAACGGAGGCAGAGUCGAGACAGAAGACGCGAAGGAGAGAGGAGAGGACGAUUUCGACGUCGUCUGGGAUCCCCAGUUCACUUUGACGAGCAACCCAACACAAGAUCCGGCGGCCUUCUCGCGUGACUUUUAUCGCCUCCUGAAAGAAGCGUGUGAAGGCGUCUCGUCCACGGCCUUCCUCGCUUCCGAAGUGAAGCCUUACAAUGCGAAGACAGAGGCGGUCUCCUGCACUCCUUCGACGCAGAGCAAGGAAGCCAGCUGUGACGCGGGGCAUCCUGCAACUCGAGGACAAGUGCUAGUGGAGACGGCGGGAGACUCAGGUGUAUGUACACUCGAGCUCGCUCUUCAAGCGGGUUUCACCAAUCCGCCCGUUGACGACCUCGCUCGAGUUCUCGACGAGAUCUUUGUGGAGGCAGGGAGCGAAGGUUCGCCCAGUGCAGUCUCCGGUUCAGAGUGCAUGAAGAACAGUCCGAACGCCGAAGAAUCAACGCAUGUUGCACCUCCUUUCCGUCCAGCGAGCAGGAGUGAGGAAGAUGCAGGUCGAGCGUCCACCGCUGCGUCUUCAGGAAGCAGCUCUGUAGUUUCCGAGGACGAGAAAGACGCCGCAACGCCGCCAUACAGUUCUACAAACGUUUCGAAAGCGGUCGUUCUGGCGUCUCCGUACCUGAAUCUUCCUACGCGGUUGCUGCGGAGACUCGCUGCUCUGUGUGUCGAGCAUUCAGACGCUCUAGAGUCCCGACCGGAGGCCCCGAGGGCCGAAAGGGAGCUUGCAGCUACCUCAGGGAUCUGCGACGAAGUCUUGCGCUCCCGAAAGAUGGCUGUCGUGACAGCGUCUCCCCAGGCAAACAGCUUUCACAAGUCGAAAGGUGUGUCGCGGUACAUUCCAGAGGCGUAUGCGUACAUAGCUUACCGUGUAUCUCGGCUGCUUGAACAUGCGGCGCACAAGACGCCGUCGGCUGGACGCGGCUUUCUGGGCCACCGACACCCGAGAGAGGCGAGAGAUUCGGACGCAGAAGCAGCUGUGCAUGCACAGCGGGAGUUGUGUAGCGCCAGGUUGUCGGAGAAAUCCAUAGGCUCUUCCAGACCAGGGUCGGAGGCCGUCGCUCUACAGACAACGGGAGGGAAUCUGGUUGUUUGCUGACGAGAAAACGCAGGAACGAAGAAAAGCAGUUGGCUUUCUUCCGGACAUCCCCGACAGAACGGCUUGCGGCGCAACGGAGACAGCGAGGCACCGAGGGCUCGUGGACCCACAGCGAGAAGAAGGCUGCUUCUCUUUUUCCUCGGCAGGCAGUCGCGGCC